CAUUUUUCUUUCAGCUGUUUCUCUUCUCUACUGUAAAAUCGGCACUUGUCAUUGCAAGUGUUGUGGCCGACUACCCUUUUUUUUUUUGCCUGUUAUAAAAUGUUUUCAGUUUGAUGAAAAAGUAUAUACGCACUAGCGAGAUUUUUCAAAACUGUAGCACGUAAGGGGAUGUAUGGAAAUGAUAGUUUAUAAUUGAAUUUGCAGACACAUCUUCUAGAGAAAACGAGCCGAAAGAAAUAAACUUUGGAUUGGACUGGACUGAAUUUGAUUUUUUUUUCCUUUUUAAAAAGAAGUGUACGUAUUUUUUUUUGAAAGAAAAAUAUAUACGUAUACAGAAGAACCGAAGAGUAGGUCGCCUUGCAAAUCCUCCAAACAGGUAGCUGUAGCCUGUAGCACAGUGGUGGCGGUCACCGGGCGUCGCGAGGCCGAUGCGCCGAGCUCAAACUCAAAACCGAUGCCAUUCCCCUCCCGCCACCAGCGCCUGGCGUCGCUGACGAAGCUGCUGACCACCCACGUGAACGCCGCCCGCCACCGCGACGCGCUCGGCCUCUUCUCCCGCAUGCUCUCCUCCCCCGACCUCCCGCCGCUCAUCGACCCCUCCUUCGCCCACGCCUUCCCGCUCGCGCUCAAGUCCGCCACCGCGCUCCGCGUGCCCGGCGCCGCCGCCGCCUUCCACGCGCUCGCCGCAAAGUGCGGCCUCCUCUCCAGCCCCUUCCUCGCCUCCGCGCUCAUUGCGUCCUACGGCGCACGCGUCGGCGGCGAUGGCGGCGCCUCCUACGAACUCACCCGCCGCCUGUUCGACGAAUUGCCCGCCCGCAACGCCAUCGUCUGGAGCGCCAUGAUCUCCGUCCACGUCCGGGCGGGCGACCUCGCCGCCGCGGCGUGGGCGCUUGACCACAUGGACGUCGCCCCGACCGCUUCCUGCUUCAACACUGUGAUCGCCGCGGUGGCUGAGUCCAGGGAACAUCCAACCCGAGCCAUCGAGGUCUACCGGCACAUGCGAAGAGUGGGCGUCCCGCCGAGCUUCAUCACUCUGCUGGCGCUCGUCCCUGCGUGCACUGCGAUGGGUGCAUUGACAUCGAUCAAGGAGGUGCACGGCUUUGCAGUGCGGCAUGGCAUGUGCACCAGAUCCCACAUUGGCAGCUCCCUCAUUGAAGCAUAUGGGCGCUGCGGUUCUCUUGCUGCUGCACAGAGGGUCUUCAACCAGGUUCAUGAUCGGGACGUGGUUGUUUGGAGCUCUCUGGUUUCAGCUUACGCUUUCCAUGGUCGUGCGGAGGUCGCAAUGUCACUUUUCCAACACAUGGAGGACCAGGAUGAUGUUCGGCCUGACAGCAUCAUGUUCCUUAGUUUGUUGGCGGCCUGUGCCCAUUCUGGUCGUGCAGAUGAUGCGCUGCAGUAUUUCGAUGUGUUGACCAGGAGGUAUGGAGUGGAAGCUUGUGGAGAUCAUUAUUCGUGCAUGGUAGACGUCUUGGGCCGGGCAGGACGGCUGCAUCAAGCUUAUGAACUUAUACGAACAAUGCCAGUAAAGGUUACAGCAAAAGCCUGGGGAGCUCUUCUUGCUGCAUGCAGGAAACAUGGGGAGGUGCAGUUGGCAGAGGUUGCUGGGAGAGCAUUGUUUGAGAUCGAACCAGAGAAUGCAGGGAAUUUUGUUUCACUCGCAAACAUCUAUUCAGGCCGUGGCAUGCAUGAGGAUGCAGAGCGGGUGAGAAGGAAGAUGGAGCAGCGAGGUGUGCAGAGACUGCCUGGUAGCAGUUGGAUGAUACAUCACAAGUCAAGUUGUUAAUGCAAUGUCCAAUAAUUUUUUUGGCUCCAGUGGUUCAUUGAUCAUGCCAGCCAAGCUAUGGUUUUAGCUGCUUUGCUAUAAAAGUAUAAAAGUCCUGAAUGUUUAGUUUUAUGCAGUGAUCUUUUAUGAAAAUUGAGGCAUACAAUUCAGAAGUGUCAUCGUUGGUUCACAGCAAAUUUUGUUUAGAUGCAGUGGCCAUUUCUCCAUGGAAAGGUAAACGGGGAAAACAACCUUUCCUUUUUAGCAUUUAGGAAAAAUGAACAUCUAACUUGACUAGGGUAAUAAAUAAUAACUCCAAAUUUAUCA